CAUGGCAAAACCUUUCAUCUCUACUCCCUUCAUUACUGUCACUCUAUUUCUCUUUACCCUCCUCCUCACCACCUCUACUUCAUAUUCCAAUAACCAUACUGAUCUUGAAGCUCUUCUUGCAUUCAAGAAAUCCAUACAUGAUGAUCCACUGCAUGCUUUGAGCUCAUGGAAUGAAACAGCACAUUUCUGCAGAUGGAAUGGCGUCACAUGUAGCAAAAGGCACCCCAACAGAGUUGUCUCGGUUAUCCUGUCGUCUCAAGGCCUUGUGGGAUCGCUCUCGCCUCACAUAGGUAACCUCUCUUUCCUCAGAAACAUCAACUUGCAAAACAACACCUUCAACGGCCCAAUCCCUCAGGAGAUGGGUCGCCUCAGAAAGCUUGAAAUGAUCGAGUUUAGUAAUAAUUCUUUCGGAGGUGGGAUUCCAACAAACCUUUCACAAUGCAAAAAUCUUAAUUACCUGAAUUUGAUUGACAAUGAGCUCACCGGAGGCAUAAUCCCCGAGAUAGAUUCUCUUGCCAACCUCCGAGCUUUAGGCUUGUCAAAUAACAUGCUUUUGGGGACUAUCUCACCGUUCCUAGGAAACCUUACAGAUCUAACCCUACUGUCAUUAAUGGAAUGCGGCUUCAAAGGAGAGAUUCCGGAGUCACUAACUAAGCUUAGUAGAUUACGGAUGCUAGGUAUGAGUUCCAAUGAUCUAACUGGUUCUAUUCCAUUAGGCCUCUACAAUUUUUCAAGUGUCGAGGUUUUCGCAUUUGAUUUCAAUCGACUCCAUGGAAACAUACCUGUCGACAUAGGCUCCACACUUCCCAAGUUGAGGCGCCUUUAUUUGAAUUCUAAUAAUUUCAGCGGACCGCUCCCUUAUUCGCUAUCUAACUCUUCCCUGAUUGAACGCAUACAAUUAACUGGUAACAGUUUCACCGGAAAUAUGAUAAAUUUAACUAGGUUUUCAGCUCUUCAAUAUCUUUCAGUUGGAAAUAACCGUUUAAAUGGAGAUAUAGGUAAUAUUUUAUCAUCUCUGACAAACUGCACCAACCUUAAAAGUUUGUCGUUGAAUCAAAACCAUUUCACUGGUUCGUUGCCAGAUUCCAUUGGCAAUCUUUCUAAUCACUUGUCGUACUUAACCCUCCAAACAAAUCAGUUAAGUGGAAGCAUUCCCUCUAGCAUAGGAAACCUUGUUGGUCUCACUGCUUUAUAUGCUUAUACCAAUAAUCUACAAGGUCCAAUUCCUUCCUCCAUUGGAAAACUUCAUAAGUUGCAAGAAAUCUAUCUCGCUGAAAAUAGACUGACAAAUGAGAUACCAUUUUCAAUAGGCAACUUGACUUUGUUGAACAAUCUCUACUUGGAACAAAACAAUCUUUCUGGGAGUAUACCUCAUAGUCUUGGCAACUGUACCAACUUGUUAGCGUUAGAACUUUCAGAAAACAAUCUCAGUGGCUCAAUACCUCCCAAACUCAUUAAGCUUUCAUCCAUUGCCAUUGCACUUGACCUAUCUAGCAACGUCUUGACGGGUACUAUUCCAUCAGAAGUUGGGGCUUUGAGAAAUCUUGGGAUCAUGGACUUUUCCAACAAUAGAUUAUCUGGAACCAUUCCAACUACAAUGGGCAGUUGUGUGACACUUAGCAGCCUUUAUUUGAUGAGAAAUUCUCUUCAGGGUGAGAUACCUGACAGUCUUAAUGCUCUGAGAGGUUUACAAUAUUUGGAUAUUUCCCAGAACAAUCUCUCAGGGAUGAUUCCAAGAUUUCUUGUUGAGUUUCGCCUGUUGUAUCUCAACAUUUCUUACAAUGAGUUGCAAGGUGAAGUCCCAACUCUUGGAGUUUUCCAGAAUGAAAGUGCAAUUUCACUUGAAGGAAACCAAGGCUUGUGUGGAGGUAUUGCGACUCUAUACCUUCCUACUUGUCCAUCCUCACAAAAAUCCAACAAGAAAGGUUUAGGGAAAAUCUUGAUCCCAACUAUUGUCGGGACCAUAUGCCUAGCGCUUGCAUUCUGCUUACGUGUCAUCAUUAUGUACAAGCAACGUACAUUGCAAAAUGUUGGAACUCCAAUAUUCCAAGGGCCAGACUUUUUGAGGCUAUCUUACGCAGAUCUCGUUAGUGCCACGGAAGGAUUCUCGGAGACACACCUACUUGGUAUAGGGAGAUUUGGAUCAGUAUACAAAGGAACUAUCAAUGCUGAUGAUGGGCGGACAGAUUUAGCAGUGAAGGUGCUUGAUCUUAGUGUAAGAGGAGCUUGUAAGAGCUUGGCAACAGAAUGCAAUUCAUUGAGAGGCAUACGACACAGAAACUUGCUCAAGAUUGUGAGUGUAUGUGACAGCACUGAUUUUCAAGGGAAUGAUUUUAAGGCAUUGGUGUAUGAAUUUGUGGCCAACGGAAGCCUCGAGAACUGGCUGCAUUCUGAGAAUGAAGGUAGAGGAAAUCUCAGUGCUAUUCAGAGACUGAAUAUUGCCAUUGAUAUUGCAUCUGCAGUAGAGUACUUGCAUUGUGGUACUGAGUCCAUAGUUAUUCAUGGAGAUUUGAAGCCGAGUAACAUUCUCUUGGAUAAAGACAUGGUCGCCAAAGUUGGUGAUUUUGGUUUAGCCAAAAUUGUGUCAAGCAUUUCACAGAACUUGUCAUCCACAGAAGGUAGCAGUUCAUCUGCAAUCAAGGGUACCAUAGGCUACAUUGCUCCAGAGUAUGGCAUGAGCUACGUUGCAUCAACACAAGGGGAUGUGUACAGUUACGGAGUUCUUGUGCUUGAGAUGUUCACAAACAAAAGACCAACAAGUGAUGCAUUCGAAGGGUAUCUAAAUCUCCAAGACUUCGUUUGCACAGCCUUAACCGACCGUGUAAUGGAAGUAGUGGAUCCAUUUCUGCAUCAAGAAGUUAAUGUGGAUGAAAAGUAUUGGGAUUGUAUUGUUUCAAUUCUGAGGAUUGGAGUGAGAUGCUCGAAGCAGCUUCCAAGAGAUCGCAUGUCGAUGGCAGAUGUUGUUAAUGACUUGAAAAAGAUAAGAAAUGUGUUUCCAGUUUAUAGAAAUGGGAUAAAUGUUGCUUCCUACCAACAUUGAAAUAGAUGUUCGUUUCAAUCAAUGGCAAUAUUUUCAGUUGUAAUUGUUGGUAAGACAGUUUCUUUAUGUUUUUUCUCAAUAUGUAUAGUUUCUGUUAUUUCUCUC